AUGGCGGAGAAAAAUAUAGGCGAGUCUGUCGACAAUACGCAGGAAAAACAAGACAUGCUGGUCGAAGAUAAAAAUCAAGAAGAGACUAUGAGCACAGCAAGCAAUCGAUGUCAGACUCUCAAAAAUCGAAAGAAAUCGAGUAAAAUACGUUUAACGAAGGACGAACUCUAA